AUGUUAACGUUGUUUAUUGUGCUCCUUACUUCAUCGCGAAGUUUAGCAGAAACUGUUGAGGAUCCGGACUUAUCAGAUAAUAAUAAGGACCCUCCAACGAUUCCGAUAUUUAUUAAACAAACGUACUAUGUAUUUUCGGAAUUGGCUUUCGAUUGGGAAAAAUAUCCCUAUGAUCACGAAUUUACCCGAAGACUUUUCACUGAAGGAUCACCGACGAUAAAAGAAGUCUUUCUCACUUUCCUAUUGGCUACUGGAUUCAUACUUUUCCGAUACUUAACCGAACCGAAACUCAGGGUAAGUUUAAAAUGA